AUGUGAAUGAAUGCAGGAACUUUCCCUGUCAAAACAAUGGCGUGUGUACAAAUUUUCAGGGAGGAUUUGACUGUACUUGUAGGCCUGGGUUUACAGGAGCACUUUGUGAACUAGACAUAAAUGAAUGCUUAUCUGGACCUUGCAAAAACAAUGUUCCUUGCGUCAACACACAUGGUUCGUAUAUAUGCGCAUGUGUGGAUAAUUGGGGUGGAAAGCAUUGCGAAAUAGACUUGUGUUGGACAAAACCAGCCCAGUUAGUAUUUGUUGUUGACACUUCGCUCAGUACCACCGACAAAAUACUUCAACAACAGAAAGACUUCAUAUCUGACGUCAUUUCAAGAAUUUCCCUCUCAAACGAAAAAUUCAAAGUAGCGGUAGCAUCAUAUGGAACAAAUACAAGCAUCGACAUUGGGUUCGAUUCCUACCAAAACAAUAAAACAGUACUGCUGGAGCACGUCUCCAAAGUUUCAGUCAGGAAUGGAAAAACGGACAUUCAUGACGCCUCAUACAAGGUGAGAGAUAUCUUGAAUGAAACCAAAGGGAGUAACCAGUUUGUCUUCUUCUUCACGGACGGGAUGCCAACUGAUCUACAACUAGCUAUAAAUGGAACAGGGGAGUUACGAGCACGUUUGCUGAACUCUAGCUUUAAUAAUGCUUUGUUGUUCGUGGCUUUUGGUGAAGACGUAAGACAUGAGGGUUUAAAAAGAUUGUCUGGAGAUCCACAUUAUGAUGAUGUUUUCACGCAUACUUCCAUGGAUCCGAUGUAUUACGCGAUGAAGAGACUGGUAGAUAGAAAAUGUACAGCAUGUUUUCAUCAAUUUAUGGUGGAUCUUAUGUUCGUUAUUGACGUAUCUUCAAUUCUACCACAAGAAACAUUCUCCGGUAGUUUAAGAGUCAUCAACUCAAUUUUAGAGCGCCUAAAACUUGUAACUUCUUUGGGACAAAAUGAAACUCAAUUUGGAGCUGUUUAUUUUUCAAAUGAACCUCACCUGUUAAUGCACUUGAACGAGACAUACGAUUUUGAUAGUUGUGCAAGCAGAAUUAUGGGAAUAGAACAAGAUUGCACAAGCUAUCGGAAUUCCUCUACAAAUGUAGCAAGAGCUUUGGAAUUUACACGAACCCAUCUUUUGUCCCCCGAACACGGUGCUAGAAAUUCAUCUCGAAAACUUCUGAUCCAUAUCUACACCGGAUUUGAUGUUAAUAUUACAGAGUCUGUGAAGGUGACACAGUCAUUAACGAGGGACAAUAUUACCGUCUUUUCAAUUGGAGUCGGAGACAAAUACAAGGAUGAAGACGUUUUAUCUACUGCUUCCAGUGCAUUUCAUGCUUAUUUUGCAGAAUAUACUGAAAUGGACCAAAGCUGGAGGCUUACAGACACAGAAUUAAACUUUAUUAGCAAGAUAUACUCAAUACUUUGUACGGAGAGGGUAAAUGCUUAAAGCAUUCUUUAAAAUCGCAGCGACUUCAUUAACUUGUACAUUUAUUGUCUUACAACUUCUUUGGAAAAUGUUCAGAAUAUGUCUGAAAAAAAAGCAAUAGCUUACAAUAAUUUCACAAAUCAAGACCUUUAUUUAUUUAUUGCAUACUUAUUUGUAUUUUGAAAUUAUUAUAUUAAAAUACUACUUUUCAUUCAGCCUUUCCGAUCAAAGUUUUACGUCGUUUGCAAUAUUGGUCGUCACAUUAGUUUUUAACUCGCAUGUUUUCUUGUCAUCAUUACAGUUUGUUCAUGAAUAAUAUGAUAAGCGACACAGGUGUGUAUAAAUUUCCUACAAUCCAUAAUGAUUAAACUUUCAGAAUUUUCAUGUAAUUCUUGUUCUUUACAAUAAAACCCUGAAAAUAAAUAGAAACACCAGAGGAUAAAAUGUUCAAAAGCCUUAAGAGGAAGUCAAAACCGAUUUCGAUCUGUUAAUUAAUAACGGGUGACAUUAAUUGCGUAAUGUGGACUGUUGCAAAACCAUCCUUCACUUAGUU